AAGGAAAAUAUCUAAGGGCUAGCUAAUUUGGUAAAUUCACAUCCAAAGUCAAAGUUGGAGGUGAGAAAAAUGAUGUUACUGUAUCAAAAACAACAUUCAACCGUAAUUUCCACUUGCGUAAGCAGCUUGGAAACAACAUGCUGGCUGGCCAUAUUCAUUAAAAAGUUCCCAAAUGUUGUACGCUUGACGGUUUCCUCCAUUUUUCCUUAAUUCUGUUCCAUUUUUCUAGAAUUUUGUAUUGUAAUCUUUACCUUUAAUAUUGCAAAUGGGCAACCAAAAAAAUAAAUAAAUAAUCAUUUAAAAUGUACUCCGUAUAAUAAUGGCAGCUUGAUUAAUGGCGGCUGGCUUCUCAAAUGAGAACUCAGAAUUACAGAAACUGAGUAGAGAGAGACAUUCUGGCUAAAACCCUGAGCAAAAAAGCUGAUUAAUUUUUCUUAAUUACUUGUUCAUCUCUCCUUCUCUCCUUUGUUUUGUUUCUCUCUCAACUCCAAAAUCAGAAGGGUUUUUUUGAUUCUUUAUUCUCUGCUGAUAUAUAUACGAAUCUUCUAAAGAUAUUUUUUUCCCCUCUCCUCCAACUCUCCCAGAAUUUGACCUCUGGGGAAAGGGAAAACAAUUUGCUAUCUACAAGGGUUGCCUAAUCCCAAACCUUAUCCCUCCCUCUGUUUCGUUCUCUCUUUUUUCAUGUUCAACUUUUGAACAUUGAAACGGGUUGUUUUUACUUGGGUGGUUUCUCAAGUAUAUUGGAAGAGAGACUGAAACCAAGAGAGGGUGGGCAGAAUGCAGGCUGUUUUUCAGGCUAAAGGGCUUCUUUCCCUUCCUUCAAACCCCAAAUCCAGAGCCUUUUUGAGUGCACCUCAACAGGGUUUCAGGCAAAGAUUGAAUCUUUCCAAUUCCUUGAAGCCUAAACCCUUACCCCUCAAUGGCCUUUCUGUCAGUCAUAGUGGGUUUCAGAAAUUUCAAGGCUUUGUAGCAAAGCCUAGUUUAAUUAGCCAAAAGAAUAGAAAUUUCUGCAGGGCUGAAGCUGCCGCUGCUUCAGCUGAUGGCCAGUCCGUUUUUGGUCAGCCUGAGCAACCAAAGAUAUUCGGCAUAGAAGUGAACACCCUUAAGAAAAUUGUGCCACUUGGGUUGAUGUUUUUCUGUAUUCUUUUCAAUUAUACAAUUCUAAGGGAUACGAAAGAUGUUUUGGUGGUCACAGCUAAAGGCUCAAGUGCAGAGAUUAUACCCUUUUUGAAAACUUGGGUGAAUUUGCCUAUGGCUAUUGGGUUCAUGCUGUUGUACACCCAACUGGCUAAUGUAUUGUCCAAGCAGGCUCUUUUCUAUACUACAAUUCUUCCAUUCAUAGCCUUCUUUGGAGCAUUUGGGUUUCUUUUGUAUCCUCUUAGCAACUAUUUUCACCCUACAGCUUUUGCUGAUAAACUUCUGAACGCUCUUGGUCCAAGGUUUCUUGGGCCAAUUGCUAUUUUGAGGAUCUGGAGUUUCUGUUUAUUCUAUGUCAUGGCAGAGCUUUGGGGAAGUGUGGUGAUUUCAGUGCUCUUUUGGGGUUUUGCUAAUCAGAUAACCACUGUUGAAGAGGCUAAAAGAUUCUAUCCACUGUUUGGACUGGGGGCUAAUGUUGCCCUAAUUUUUUCUGGCCGUACCGUGAAGUACUUCUCUAAUUUGAGGAAGAAUUUAGGUCCUGGAGUUGAUGGUUGGGCUGUCUCCCUCAAAGCUAUGAUGAGUAUUGUUGUGUUGAUGGGGUUUGUAAUCUGUGGCUGCUAUUGGUGGGUAAAUAAUCACGUGCCUCUUCCUACCCGAAGCAAGAAGAAGAAGGAAAAACCAAAAAUGGGAACGAUGGAGAGCUUAAAGUUUUUGGUUUCUUCUAGAUACAUUAGAGAUCUUGCCACUUUGGUUGUGGCAUAUGGUAUUAGCAUCAACCUUGUGGAGGUUACGUGGAAAUCGAAGCUCAAAGCGCAGUUUCCUAGUCCAAAUGAAUACUCAUCCUUCAUGGGUGACUUCUCUACUGCUACCGGGAUUGCAACUUUCUCUAUGAUGCUCCUAAGUCAAUGGAUUUUUGAUAAAUAUGGUUGGGGAGUGGCAGCGACAAUCACACCAACGGUUUUGCUCAUUACUGGAGUUGGCUUCUUUUCACUGAUUUUAUUUGGCGGCCCCCUUGCACCUACUAUGGCCAGCUUUGGAUUGACUCCACUUCUUGCGGCUGUCUAUGUGGGGGCAUUGCAGAAUAUUUUCAGUAAGAGUGCAAAAUACAGCUUAUUUGAUCCAUGCAAGGAGAUGGCCUACAUUCCGUUAGAUGAAGAGACCAAGGUUAGCUGCUUUACUUAACACAAACAGUUUGCAAACUGUCUUUGUGUUUUUUAAAUUUUAUUAUUUUCUCAUGACGCUAAUUGAAAGUCCCAGUAACGUGAGAGGUUUGCAAAAUAGCUUACACACAAAUUGGUUGAGGGGAACUGGAAAAGUGUAGCAUUUCAAGACAGUGAUUCUUGCUUGAGAAACUAAUGGCUGUUUUAUUGUUUUUCCUCCUUCCCAUUAUCAGAUUAAAGGUAAGGCAGCAAUUGAUGUUGUGUGCAACCCAUUGGGGAAAUCUGGCGGUGCUCUGAUCCAGCAAUUCAUGAUAUUAACAUUUGGAUCACUUGCAAACUCCACUCCUUACCUCGGAGGAAUUCUUCUGGUAAUUGUUGGCGCGUGGUUGGCAGCUGCCAGGUCCUUGGAUGGCCAAUUCACGGCAUUGCGUCGAGAAGAGGAGCUUGAAAAGGAGAUGGAACGGGCCGCUGUGAAAAUUCCAGUCGUGCCCCAGGACGAAAGUGGUAAUGGUUCACUUGCAAAUGGAUCUGCUCUCAACCCCAGUGACCCAACCAGCACAUCUGAACCAUCAUCUCCCAGAAAUCUGUGAUGAUUUCAAUGAUUUGUAGAACUCGAGAGGAUUAUCAAAGAAAGUUGAAACGAUGGUUGGAUGAUUCCCCGGAUCUGCUCGAAGAGAUUUCUAGACAUGACUCUUGUAGGACUGUGUUCAAUCCAUAGAUUUUACAGAAUAAUCAGUAUCAGGGCAAGCAUGACAAACAUUUUCAAAGUAUUGUUUUUAGAAGCUUUAUACUGAGCUAUAUAUCUAGAACCAAGAUUACAAUGUACCAAUGUUUUCUCAAUAUCAAGAUUGCCAUAAACUCCCUGUCAGCUACCUGUUUCUCGUUUUCUGUGUAGCAUGAAAAGCUUGGGAAUUUUAGGAGCAUAUUACCUCGGGCUUAAAUUCGAUACAAUCCAAUUGGAAGCAUAUCUGGAAACAGUUUUUACGCUUGGAAGUGUUUGUUAAAAGAGUAUAUGUCUAGGUUGAAGAUUGAUUUUAAC